CUCAUUGUUUGUCCUUGUUGUUGGCAUUUUGUUGAAUAGCUAAAUUCAAGUUGUAUCUCAGCUGGUCGCCAGCUGAUAGAAAAUGAGCGAGAAAAGUCAAUAAAGGUGCGCUAUUUCGGUAUUGAUAACGUGGCGAUACGGUGACAUAUUUCUGUAUUAUGUGAACGGCAGGUGAAUUUUCAGUGAAUAUCGGUCAUAUAUCAUUAUGGCGGUUCAAAAUAUAGCAGUGAAACUAUGUGGCGUACUACAAGCGCAAGGCGAAAAAGAAGUGACUGCUCGUGAAUGGCGUCUUUUGGGACAAGAACAAGAUGGAUCACAACUCUUAAGCUGGGUGUCUGAUAAGGAUGGCAAAGAGGUUUUAAAUAUAGGAUCUUAUACCAAUAAAAAUAAAACAUUGAUUGUUCUACACACUUUUGAUGAGAAAUUGAACAUAAUACAAGCAUCAGUGAAUGCUACACAUACUUUAUUGGUUUAUAUUGUGAAGAAACUUGCAAAUGAAAAUGAUGAGAACAAGGAUGCAUUAUAUUGUCCUUAUUUGAUCUGCUUAUUGCCAGAGAGUGAUAGGACACCUGAGGCUGUAGAAGAUCCGUCUACAAAGCAAAUAAUGGUUCAAUAUGUUUAUGGAAAAAGCACCAAAUACAGUCCAGGGAUAAGGAAUGACAGAUUCUUAUUGUUUAAGCAUUUGGAAUGUAUCAAAAUAUACCGCACCCCUAUGUUUCUCAAUGAGUGUGACGAUGGUACAGACAAAUGGGGUUUUGAUGGUAUUUACCCUGAACCAGAGAAGAUUGUCAAAGUGUUCUCAUGGGCACAAUGGGAUUGUGUCAACCAGGUGUUGUACUACAUCCACUACAGGCAGCCAACGCAAAGUUUUGCCGAAGGUGAAGAAGUGAAAUCUCCGUCGGAAAUGACUCCGACCUUAUCCGCGUUUCAGUUUCAUGCCGACUUACCGCACGAGACUGUUUUAAACAUCCCGCUGAGUCUCCCUCAUGUGUCGAGUUCGGGCGAGGGCGCUGCUUGCGGAGCGUACGAGGAUGACCCCAUCCCUCUACGCGUUCACGACUGCAGUCUGGACCUCCAAAUAGUGUGCGACCAGAAAGGCGUCCUCUGUAUAUGUCAUCAUUAUCUUUAUAAACCUUUAGAUGACUCUACAACAUCCUUGGUGCUAGAAGACAGUGCUGAUCUGAAGGACUCUGGAGUGAACUUUGCGUACUCUAUCACACUUCUGCAGCACGGCUGUGUGGUCCACAGCGUGGUACCAGACCUCCCGUGGUCGCUCGCCAAGUCUUUAAGACCAUCCUAUACGCUUUAUGCUGACAACCACCUUCUAGUAAACAUUCCGAUGCUCUACACACAAAUGAUCGACAUCAGCUUGUACCAUGAGCCUUGUUGUCACAUUGUGAUACCCAUGGAGGAGUGUGACAGUGGGCCCAGCCUGGCUCCCAUCCUCGGCUGGGGGCCACAUGCCAUGGUCGACCUGAACACCCUCGACGUGGUCACCAUGAUCGUAGCCGACAAGGAUCUUACAGCCACCUUCAAGAGUAACACGGCUGUUGAGAAUAAGUUGGCCAUCCUCCAUUAUUUGAUACAACACGAUGGCAACAUGGAUUUGGCUGAAGAGUUGAUAUCGUGGAUGUGUUUGAACCAACGCGACGGGUUCGGCGCGUUCCAGCGAGUAAUGCAGGAGUACCUGAUCGGUACCACGUACGCCGUGACCCGCCGCUCUCUGCCCGCGUCGGCGCUCAAUCUCAUGAAGAUGUUGCCAUUCACACAACAUCUCAAGUUUGCUGAUGUCAAGGUCCGCGACAUGUGCGUGUCGGUGAGCCAGGAGAAGCUGUGGAACAGCUCGGUGGUGGUGCUGGCGCCGCGACAGCGCGUGUGCCAGUUCGCGGAGGACGUGUGGACCCGCCUGUGGGCCGCGCUCAACGACCUGCCGCAGAAGCGCCUGCAGCCGCAGGCCGUCAUCGACAAACUGCGCGUCAGCUUGCAUUGCUACCAGCCAGAAGCGUUAUCCCGAUGCAGUACUCCAUUGUCGCCGGGCGCCCCGCCGCCCCCUCUGAGCGCUCCGCAACGUCGCUCCUCCAUCGGAAGCGGCCAGGACCUGCUGCCAUUCUUCGAGCUCGACGUCUGCACAGCCAGCAAGCAAGAACAUAUUAUUGCUGCGAACUUGCGGGAGGUGAGCGUGCACCUGAUGCGGGAGAGUGCGGGGGCGGGCAGCGGGCGGGCGGGGGGCGGGGCCGGCGUGGAGAGCGGCGUGCACGCCGUGGCCACACGCUGGGCGGCCGCGCAGCUCGACGCCGCGCGUGCGCUCUGCCGCGCCCUCACGCGCCCACUGGCCGCCACGCCGCACCACAACCAGCAUCGCGGCUUCUCCUUCAUCGAUGAAAUGGACCCAACGCACGCGUUCAUAGUGUUCAAAGUCCUGGAGCAGUAUUACCUGGCGACGGACUCCAUCGCCUUCCCAUUGCCGCAGGGAUUUAGUUCCUUCUUCACAUACCUCGGCUACCGCACCCUGCCCUUCCAUUCUUUCGUCCAGUACGUGCACCGCAAUGUUUUCGAGCUACAGAUUGAUGUUAUGAAGGCUAUUAUUGCCUCUAAAGACGACGAGAACAAGACAGCAGUGAACAACAAGCUGCGGCUGAUCCAGUUGGUGGGCGAGGGCCGCGCGCGGCGCGCCCUGGCGGGCUGGCCGCACCGCGCCGCGCUCCUCCUCCGCGCCCGCGACCACGCGCACUCACUGCUCAGCGGGGGCCUCGCCGCCGCACACGACCUCACGCGACACCGACCCGUCAAGGACACCGGUAUAGCAGCUCUACCUUCAGGGGAGCGUCUCUCUCCACUAGACACAUUCCUGGAUUUGUUGACAGCGAAGGCCAGCCUCAACGAAUUGGACUUCAACCUUAUCAUUGAGGCCACACUGGCCUCAGUACAACAAGAUACAGCCGCUUAAGUCAUUGUGUUCUCUAGUGAAUAUGCUUCUCGUAGUUGAAUUUAGUCCUAAUACCAAAGAGUACAGAGUAGAAAAUAUAAUGUCCCAACCAACCAGAUCUAUGAAUUUUCCUUGUAUUUCAAUCUGUCGUGAUUUUUAAUAUUCCAUUCAAUUAUACAACCGCUUUUAGCACUUCCUUUUUCUUAGAUCACAGAAAGGGUAGGUUUGUUUUGUUUGUUAUUCCUUUCCUAAGCUUAUAAUGUUAGCAGUAUUUUUAAGGGUAUUUUUGAUCUUUGACAUUCCACUAUUGAAUAAUAUUUAUUGGCUAUAGGUGUAAGUUGGUGUAUGAGAAGCACAAAUUAAAAUGUGAAAUGUGAGAUUUGUGUCACUAGUCUCGAUGUGCAAUUUUUAGUGCAAUAUUUAUUACAAAUUUGUAUUGAAAUAAAAAUACCAUUGAUAUUGAUAUUCAAUUUUAUUUAUCAUAAUUUAAUCCUAACAAUUAAAUUAAUCCUUGGGCACAACAGGUAUGUGACACUUGUCAAAAAAGUUGUGAAUACCAAAUAAAACCCGUGAUGUUAUAUGAAUGUGUCAUCUCUUCAGUACAUCACAUUAAUUGUAGAAAGGAUUAUAUGUGACCCAAUGAGCUCUCUGCUGGUUUUUAUCAGUUUGAUGUGAUGUGAACAAUGAUUUGUACACUUCACUGGUUUGAGGAUCCUUAGCCACACUGUAAUCUUUCUUAGUUUUCUUGUAUGAUGGGUCCUGGGCGAGUUCAGUGGGGUGGACGCGCUUUGAAGAUCCAAAAUGUCCCCUCGCCUGCUUGUUAGGAUUAUAUUUGGGCAGAGAUAAUGGUAUUGUUUCAAUUUCUUUCUUAACUGCAUUACUGGAGCUAGGUUCUGGCUCUGAUUCACUUUUUACAUUAACAUCAGUCUCUGGUUUAACAUCUGAGGAAACUUCGGUAGAGGUUGAUGGUCCAGGUGUCAAGGGCUCUAUUUUAACUUCAGUUUUUGGUGCUUUUUCUGCCUUUGACUUUUUACUACUCUUUCUGCUGGCAACUCGCACGGCCAUUUUUUCCUUCAGUUUUUCUAUAUCCUCAUCAGUACCAUUUAAUGGUACUAUAUCAUUAUCUGUGAAUGGUUGCUGACAC